ACAAUAUUUCGUUUCCUUUUAUUACGAUUUAUUUCCAUGUUUAAUUUUAUAUACAAAUAAUAAAAAAAAUGUGAUCGUCGUCAAAAGUGUGAAGGCUCCGCUGCUUUACCAACAUUCUUUAAUCCGUUUUUUUUAGGAAAAAAAAAAUCUUUAAUCCGUCGCUUAAUUUCUUUUGCUUCUUUUCUAAAGUUGCAAGUCUUCUUUGGCUGUCGCAUUGUUCAAACCGCCCAUUUUCUCAUUUCUCAUAUUAACCCAAAUUAAUCCACCACUCUUCUUCCUCCUCCUUCUCCUCUCUCUCUCUUGAAUCUCGUAUUCUGCUUCUUUCGUUUUCUUAAUUCUUGUUAAACAUAUACUUACUGUACAUACAAUCAGCACCAGAGAGAGAAAGAAAAAGAAAAAGCAUGGCUGCAAACAGAUUUGCAACGAUGUUGCACAGAAACACCAACAAAAUCACAGUGAUUCUCAUCUACGCAGUGCUGGAAUGGAUUCUGAUCUUCCUCCUCCUGUUGAACUCCCUCUUUUCCUACAUGAUCAUCAAAUUCGCGGAGUUCUUCGGGCUGAAGCCGCCGUGCUUGUGGUGCACGAGAAUCGAUCACGUUUUGGAUCCCGUGAAAGGGGACAGGAACAUGCACCGGGAUCUUCUCUGCGAAGCCCACUGCAAGGAGGUUUCGAGGCUGGGUUACUGUUCGAAUCAUCGGAAGUUGGUGGAUUCCGAGGCUAUGUGUGAGGAUUGCUUGUCCUCGCGGCCGGAGCUUGGGGGAUCGUCCAAGAAUUUCGCCGUGUUUCCAUGGAUGAAAGGGUUUGGAGUAAUGCAGAAAGGUGUGGAAACGAUAGGUGAGAAUUGUGGGGUGAGUUUGAACUGUUGUUGUUGUGGGGUGUGUUUAGAUGAUGGUGCUAAGUACUCACCUUAUAUUCUGCUCAAGACUUCGUCUUGGGAUGUUUUGGAGUGUGCCCACAAAGAGAAUUUGAUUAUUGGUGAUGAUCGAGUUGAACAAGGGUUUGAUGAUUCUACUGAGAAGAUUCUGGAUUCUUCUGCUGAUGAAAAGGUUGAGAUUGAUGGGAAUUCGGAAGCAGAUGAAGACGAGGCUGUUUGUGUUUCUGCGGAUUUUGAUGAGCCAAAAUCGUUGGAAAAUGAGGUGCUGAGAGAAAGGGAAACUGUGGAGGAAGAGAAGUCGAUUUUGACAAUGAAGGAUAAGUCUGUGCAGGUAUGUGUUGAAGAAGAUGAAAUUCCACCUCAGCAUCUGGAGUUUUUCCUGGACUACAGCGGUCACACAUUGGUUCCGAUUGAAUUGAUCGAUGAGCAUCACGGUGAGGAGAAUGAUAGGAUUGAAGGUGAUGAUGAUAUAAGCAAGGUUGAUGAGAGAGAGGCAUUGGUUUUGGAGAUUGAGAGAAAAGAGGAGAAGAAGGCUGAUGCAUUUCUUGAUGUUGAUAUCAAUGAGGAACCUACAUACACGAUGCUUCAAGCCAUGGAAAUGGAAGAGGAUGAAAACUCUCUUGUGUUUCAUGCCAAAGACUCUCAUUUUGAGACGUUUCCACUGGCGCGGUGGCCUUCUGUGGAGGCUAAUGACGAUCAAGAAAUGGUUGGAGCACCAGUGGAGGAACAAUCAGAUGAUCGUGCAGAUAAUGUAGCAUGUGAGGAGGUUGCUCAGGCAAGCAAUGAAAAUGAAGCAGAUGUCUCAAUUGGAACUGAAAUUCCUGACUUAGAUAUUGCAGAUGAGAUUAUACAAAUUCAAGAUUCUGUUCAUUCGUAUGAAUGCACUCCUUCAACGAGUUGUGCUGAUCUUUAUGCACUAUAUGAUGAUCAUGGUCCUAAGGAAGUUGAGGAGCAGAUGGUGGAGCUAGAAUCGUUAUCGUUUGAGGAUAGGGAGCAUAUGAAGGAGAACGAGCCUUCAUUUCAGAUGGAGGUGAAUGAAACUGAAGAGGAAGAGGAUAAGUUCCCUGAUACGCCCACGUCUAUGGAUAGCCUCAACCAGUUGCACAAGAAGUUUCUACUGCUCGAGAAAAGGGAUUCGGGGGCUGAAGAGUCACUGGAUGGGAGUGUGACAAGUGAGUUGGAAGGCGGUGAUGGAGUUGUCACUGUUGAGCGGUUGAAGGCCGCCCUGAGAUCAGAACGCAAGGCUUUGCAAGCAUUGUACGCGGAGUUGGAAGAGGAGCGGAGUGCUUCUGCUGUGGCAGCCAAUCAGACGAUGGCGAUGAUAAACAGGCUUCAAGAAGAGAAGGCAGCGAUGCAGAUGGAGGCGCUUCAGUAUCAGAGGAUGAUGGAGGAGCAGUCGGAAUACGAUCAAGAAGCUCUGCAGCUCAUGAACGAGCUUAUGGUGAAGAGAGAGAGGGAGAAGCAGGAGGUGGAGAAGGAGUUGGAAGGGUAUAGGAAGAAGCUAUUUGAGUAUGAGACGAGGGAGAAGGUGAGGACAUUGAGGAAAAGCAAAGAUGGGAGCACGAGGAGUGGAUUCUCAUCGGCUUCGUGUAGCAACGCUGAGGACAGCGAUGGAUUGUCCAUUGAUCUGAAUCAAGAAGCCAAGGAAGAAGAGGGCUUUUACAGCCAUCAAGAAAAAUACGAAAACCAGAACACGCCUGUUGAUGCAGUCGUCAACUUGGAGCAAUCUUUAGCCGAUUUUGAGGAAGAGAGGAUGUCCAUACUCGAGCAGCUCAAGGUCCUAGAAGAGAAGCUCUUGACAUUGGAUGAUAAUGAUGAUGAUGAUGACAAGGAGCAACAUUUUGAGGAAGAAAAUGGCCACCAUCAUCGACAUCUCAAUGGUGAAACAAAUGGACAUGCAAAUGGAUAUGCUAAAGAAACAACGAAUGGGAAGCAUCAUCAUCAACACAGAAGAAUCGCGGGCCACAAGGGGAAAUCGCUGCUUCCCCUCUUCGAUGCAAUCUGUGAUGAAAACGGAGACACCAUGGUGAAUGGAAACGGAGUGCACGAUUCUUCUCAUGAUGAAUCAGAGUUCGAAAUGGAGAACAAGCUCGCCAUCGAAGAGGAGGUGGACCAUCUCUACGAGAGACUACAAGCCCUCGAGGCAGAUAGGGAGUUUCUCAAGCACUGCAUUAGCUCUCUGAAGAAAGGUGACAAGGGUAUGGAUCUCCUCCAAGAAAUCCUGCAGCAUCUGCGUGAUCUCCGCAACGUCGAGCUUCGAGUCAAAAAUAUGGGCGAAAGCGCUUUAAUAUGAAUGAAACAAGUGUCCAUCCAUCUCCACAAAACAUUCAUGGUAAUCCAAAGCUACCAACGGUUUGAUGCAAAAGAUACAGCUAAUGUGGAGAGGGAAUUGAAGGCUCUUGUUUUUGUGGUAAAAUUUGCAGACAAGAAUUUGAAAUCUGCUGGAGUUUUGGUCCUUUGUUUCCUUGUCAUUUUGUCAUAAUAGACCCAAUUUUUUUUGUGGGUAUAUAAGAGUCCAUCUACACCCCUUUGUGGGAAAAGGGGGGUGAUGAAUGUAUGUGUGUGUAGUCUAGUGAGCACAAAUAGCUGUCACUUUUGUAUGUUUUUGUGAGUUGACAUUUCAUUAGGCAUUUAGGAGUAGCUUAGUUCCAUUUUUCAUUUUUUUGAAGAGAGAGAGAGGGGAAAGAGGGGUAAGUAACUUCCUAUUUCCAAGUCUCAUUAUAUUUGCAUCAUUCUAAUUAAUCAGAGUUUAUUUAUUUGUUUGGAAGGUCUAGUUGUAAACUACUUGUACCCAUCUGUAAGUAUAUAAAAUAAUGAGUGUGUUUGCAUA